CCGGGAAAGAGAGACAGAAAACAAUUCACCCGGUCCCAGCAGCUCACUUUACGGCAUUACUGAUACCCGAGCCUGUUGCUUCAAGUGCGCAGGCGCCGCAGCCAGCCGCCCGCCGGGGCUGGGAGGGGAAAGCGGCGGGGGGGGGCGGGCCGUGACUGCGGUUCCGGGGCGGGGCCGUGGGGAAGAGGCUAGUUACCGGUGUCCGCGCCGCGGCGAAGCAAUGGCGAUUUUUAGUGUGUAUGUGGUGAACAAAGCUGGCGGCCUGAUUUACCAGUUGGACAGCUACGCGCCACGGGCCGAGGCUGAGAAGACUUUCAGCUACCCGCUUGAUCUGCUGCUCAAGCUACACGACGAGCGUGUGCUCGUUGCCUUUGGCCAGCGCGACGGCAUCCGGGUGGGCCACGCGGUGCUGGCCAUCAAUGGCGUGGACGUGAACGGCAAGUACACGGCUGAUGGGAAAGAGGUGUUGGAAUACCUGGGCAACCCUGCUAAUUACCCGGUGUCCAUUCGAUUCGGCCGGCCCCGCCUCACCUCCAAUGAGAAGCUCAUGCUGGCCUCCAUGUUCCACUCGCUGUUCGCAAUCGGCUCCCAGCUGUCUCCGGAACAGGGCAGCUCAGGCAUUGAGAUGCUGGAGACAGACACAUUCAAACUGCACUGCUUCCAGACACUGACAGGGAUCAAGUUUGUGGUGCUGGCAGAUCCUAGACAAGCUGGAAUAGAUUCUCUUCUCCGAAAGAUUUAUGAGAUUUAUUCAGACUUUGCCCUCAAGAAUCCUUUCUACUCCCUGGAAAUGCCAAUCAGGUGUGAGCUGUUUGACCAGAACCUGAAGUUAGCCCUGGAGGUGGCAGAGAAGGCUGGAACUUUUGGACCUGGGUCAUAGGCUGAACCUGCAAUGGACACCCCCAAUUCUGAGAGAUCCUGCAGCAAGGCUCCUGCUGUUUCCACUCUGAUGGAGAUCCCAGCAGCCUUGUUAGUGCACUUGAAAAUGGGAGGAUGACGAGCCUGAUGACAUGUACUGAUCCCCGAGCCUUAAUACUUUGCUCUCUUCCCUCCUGUAUCUAUCGUGGUCCUACUUCCCAACUCUGUACAGAUUUAUUUAUGGAGGAGGUAGGCCCAUAAAUGCUGUAAUAAACAUUCCUUUGAUCUCA